AUGCAGGACGCCGCAUUGAACGGCAGCCCGGAACACCACGACCAUCAACCACAAGCAAACGGUGAAUCGAGAGCGAAUACCCCUCCACUAUCCAGCCAUGACGAUAACGCGCCCAAUGGCUCCCCGGCCCAGGACAAUAGCACAGGUGGCCCACCGGCGAAGAAGCGGAAGCUUGCAGAUACAAAUGGCACGCACAAGUUUUCUCCGAGACCCAUCUCACCUCCCUGGAAACGGUCAACUGCGGCAGGCCCAACGUCCUUCCUGGAAAAUGGUCGCCGGAAAUCCGGAAGAACAAAUGUCAUCCCGCUCGAACUGCAACCGCAUACUGGCAAGAGACAGACUCGCGCUGCCUUCGAUAGAGUCGUGGGAGACCAAAUGCAGAACAAGCCGCGCUAUAACGUGGCUCGGAAGAAUCAGCCCGCUAACGUGCCGCAGAAGAGGACAGAAUCACCCAAGGUAAAGCGCGCGCCCUCACUUGGCUUAAAGAAGACGGAACAUGCCAGUCCUUCACUUUCGAAAAAGCCGGCCCUGUCAAAAACGAAAGCAAAGAUGUCACCCACUUCUUCCCGCAUCGCUGAACUGGAAGCGCAACUGGCGUCCUUGCAACAGAAGCGGGCGCGCCGAUCUAGCAGUCAAACAAACGGCUUCAUCAAGCAUGAGAGUGACCAAAGCGCCGAUGAGUUGGAGCAAUCUUCAUCCUCUGGGAGAGCUCCUACGCCAGAAUUAAUACUGCGCAAAGUCAAUUUCCGUGUCCAACUUCCUGGCGCAACCGUCACUACACCCGCUCACAAACCUCGACCGAGAAAGUUUGAGACGUUCGAGGAGUUCCUAGAGAAAGAUGACACAGAGUACAUGAUGGGUGACGAUACCAUGACCCCGGAGCAGAUCCACAGAGAAGCUCUCAUACGCCGUCGAGUCCGACAGGCUCAAAAGCCUGGCGGAUUGCUGCACAAAGGCGGAAUCGAUAAGUCAGUGGCGAAACGAGAUGACUUUGACAAGCACUUCACUCACAAUGACCACCUUAUUGCGCAUGCCCUUUACUUUCGAAAAUUGCUUGUCGAGGAGAAUAAAGCCCACCGCAAGCGAGCUGAGGUUCUCGCACAUGAAGCCAAGCGAUAUGUCGAGGCUAAAGCUCGGAAGAAUAAGGUCAAAACCAAGGAAGAAAUCGAGUUCGAGGACAUGCUGCGAGUGCGCACCACCUACAAGUCAGUCGUCAAGGAUGUGGACAAGUUAUGGCAGGCGGUCCUUGCUGAGGUUGAGGCAAUGCGAGCGAAGCAAUACGAGGAGGAGCAACAAGCAGAAAAUAAACGUCACUUGGAGCGAGUCCUGGAUCGAACCACUCAGAUGCUGAACCGCGAUUUGGAGGAUCCAAUGAUGGACAGUGCAGAUGUCACCGACGAGGACGAUACAGCGAAUAGUGACGAAGAGUCAGAGAACAGCGAAGACAUAUCUGACUCGGAUUCCGAUUCUAGCAUUGCCGCCGAACAAGAAGAGGAUGAUGGCAAUUUGACGGUGGAGCAACUCCGUGCCAAAUACGAAAACAUCCCGGAACUCGAGAAAGACCCAGACACAGCCAUGAGCUCACAACCGGCGAGCACUGCUGGAGAUAAUGAAGACGAAUCCGAUCCGGAGACCGAAAUGGACAGCGAGUUCGAUUCCGAGACCAGCGAUGAAGAGGGCAGCGCCGAAGAGUCCGGGGACGAAGAAGAUGGCGGAGGUGGCUUGCUUGGCUUGUUCUUUUCUAAGAAAGAGCUCAAACAGGCCGCUGAAGAGGUCCCUCCGGAUGAUUCCGAAACGCGAGCAGUGGAUGAGACGCAAGAGGAAGAGGAAGAAGAAGAAGAAGAAGAAGAAGAAGAAGAAGAAGAAGAAGACCAUCAAACUACGGAUGCUUCCAAGACCAAAACGCCGCUGAUAGAGGAAAUCCUUUCUCUGGACCAUAUUCCGACAGACAACGCUCCUGGCGAGGAGGUGCUAAAUUCCGAGCAAAUGGACGUGGACGAGGCAGCAGUGGAAGCUCGGCCAGUUGUGGAGCCCACUGAGGAGGCGCGAGUCGAAUCGGCUGUUGACACUCUACCUUUGACACCAGCGGACAAUACUGGAGAUAGCCCAAGCACUGCCGGCUCACCGCACACGACAGUCACUAAAGCUUCAGCGCCAGAGUCUGUGUCAUCCAUAGAACCACACGCCGAAGCGGCUUCCGAGGCUAUUUCGGACGAAAAAGCUUCUGACAUCAAAACGCCUGUACCCAAACUUCUUCGCGGCACUCUUCGGAUUUACCAACAUGAAGGUCUUGACUGGUUGGCGAAUUUGUACGCCAAUGGUCGCAGUGGAAUCCUGGCAGACGAGAUGGGUCUUGGCAAGACCAUCCAGAGCAUCGCCGUCCUUGCUCAUCUGGCUGAAGUUCAUGAAGUGUGGGGCCCGCACUUGAUUGUUGUGCCAACCAGUGUGAUGCUUAAUUGGGAGAUGGAGUUCAAGAAAUUCUUGCCCGGCUUUAAGGUGUUAACAUAUUACGGCAGCAUCGAAGAACGAAAAGCCAAACGACGAGGCUGGCUGCAAGACGACAGCUUCAAUGUUUGCAUCACCUCCUACCAACUGGUCUUGCAAGAUCAGCAGUCCUUCAAGCGGAGGAGAUGGCAUUACAUGAUCCUGGACGAAGCUCACAACAUCAAGAACUUCCGCUCUGAACGAUGGCAGACGAUGAUGACUUUCAACACGCAAGCUCGACUGCUAUUGACCGGCACACCUCUUCAGAAUAACUUGACUGAGCUAUGGUCGCUCCUCUUCUUUCUGCACUACGGCCAGGAAACGGAAGGAGAAGACGACGCCUUUGCUGGCCUGAAGGAGUGGUCGGAAUGGUUCAAGCGGCCGGUGGAAUCCAUCCUCGAACAAAACAAGCAGGUUCUGGAUCAAGAAGACAAAGAGCAAGUUUCGAAGCUCCACAAGGUCAUUCGGCCUUUCUUGUUACGUCGACUGAAGGCCGAUGUGGAGAAGCAGAUGCCACUGAAAUACGAGCAUGUCGAGAUGUGUCGUUUGUCGAAACGUCAACGCCAACUUUACGAUGGCUUCAUGUCAAGAGCGCAAACAAAGGAAACCCUUGCUUCUGGCAACUAUCUUUCCAUCAUCAAUGCCUUGAUGCAGCUUCGCAAAGUCUGCAAUCACCCUGAUCUGUUUGAGACCCGGCCAAUCAACACAUCUUUUGCCAUGCCAAAAUCGGUGGCGGCCGACUUUGAGAUUCAAGACUUGCUUGUGCGAAGACGUACUCAAAAAGAGCUUUCUGAGCGUGUUAGCCUGGAUUUUCUCCAGCUAGUGCCCAUCUGUCACGAACACAUCUCUCAUAUCGACUAUCGCGAGACUACUCUUCGGCAUGCUUUCCACCAGAUCAAAGCACUCCGAGACAAACAGUGGCGUCGUGUGGACGAUGAUAAAGACUGGCAUGGAGUGGACCGUAUGAAUGUCCUUGUCUCGUUGGAGAACGUCGGACGACAACGACGUCUAAAGCAGCUCGACCAGUUGAUGUAUCAAGAAGCAUACCGACAUCAUGCGCAUCCUGUCUAUGGUCGUGGUCUGAUCGAAAAGCUGGUCCUUAAUUCCAAGUACGACAAACUUGCAAAGCUGUCUGGUCAAAAAGUCAUGACCCGAUUCUGGGACCGCGAAGAUCCUGUGGAGUCUCUUGGCGUCGUUCAAUCGAUCCAGAGUCGAUCACAGAACAUGGAGUCAUUAGUGCAGAAGUACGCGUGCAUCACGCCAGCGGUAGUUGCAAACGACAUGAGCAGCUUGGCCAUCACAGAUGCCGGAGUGGUUGCACUUCGCGAAUCACAACCGGCUACUUUGCCGGAUCCGUUCCACGAGGCGCAAAUGAAGCUCUCCAUCGCUUUCCCAGACAAGAGACUUUUACAGUACGAUUGCGGCAAGCUUCAGCGGCUGGACAAGCUCCUGCGUAGGCUGCAGUCGGGUGGACAUCGGGCACUGAUCUUCACACAAAUGACCAAGGUGCUGGACAUUCUCGAACAGUUUCUCAAUAUUCAUGGCCACCGAUACCUGAGACUGGACGGAGCCACGAAGAUCGAACAGCGCCAGCUUCUGACGGAGCGAUUCAAUAACGACAACCGUAUCUUAGCCUUCAUACUGUCCUCUCGAUCCGGUGGUUUGGGCAUCAAUUUGACCGGUGCUGACACAGUCAUUUUUUAUGACUUGGACUGGAACCCGGCCAUGGAUAAGCAGUGCACGGAUAGAGCUCACCGAAUCGGUCAGACGCGAGAUGUGCACAUCUACCGCUUUGUUUCGGAGCACACCAUCGAGUCCAAUAUCUUGCGAAAAGCCAACCAGAAGCAGUUGCUGGAUGAUGUGGUAAUCCAAGAGGGCGACUUUACGACUGACUACCUCAACAAAACCACCUAUCGUGACAUGCUCGACGACGUAGCAGACAACGACAUGGCCGGAGCAGCCAUGGAUCGGGUUCUUGGCAAUGAGCGAGCGAACGCCACUGCUUUUGAACAAGCCGAGGAGAAAGAGGACACUGCUGCGGCCAAGGUAGCUGCUCGAGAGGUGCAGCAUGCGGAUGAUGGCGAUUUUGAGGACAAAGUUGUGCCAACUGAGGUGUCCAGCAAGGCGCAGACCCCUGGACCGUUCGGGGCUACAAAUGCGGCUCUCGAGGAAACUGAGACAGGCGAACAACAUCACAUCGACAACUACAUGAUUAAGUUGCAGAGGUUCCUCUUGAAGAACGUACCUCUGGGGCCGUCCAAGCCGAAAAAGAAGAGCAAGAAUCCACGAAGAGACGAGCUUCGAGCCAGACGAGGGCGAUAA